AUGAAAAUUUCGCUUUUUUUUCUCAAUUCAUCCACCGGAUUAUUAUCAUGUCGUGAAUUAGAUUAUGAACAACAAUCGCAGUAUUUUUUGGUAAUUACUGCUGAAGAUCAAGGCAUACCAAAACGAGCUGAUACAUGUACAUUACGUAUUACAGUAACAGAUGAAAAUGAUAAUGUACCUGUUUUCAUUGAUAAUAUUCCAACAUUAAUAGAAAUUGAUGAUAGUAAACAAAUUGGUGAAAUAUUAGGAAGAUUAUCAGCAACAGAUCAAGAUGAUGGUUUAAAUGGUAAAAUUAUCUAUAGCAUUGUUGAAGAUACAAGCGGUUUAUUGGAUAUUCAUCCUGAUACAGGCGAAAUUAUUUUGCCAGGUUUUAUUAAAAAUUCAAUUUGCAAAAAAACAUUUUCUAAUAUGGUAGAUUAUCCAACUUCACAAAAUGAUUAUAUAAUUAAAGUAAAAGCGGAAGAUCAAGGAGUUUCACGAGUGUUAUCAUCUGAAUUUAACAUUCAAUUACAUUUAAUUAGAACUAAAUCAAUGCUAAAAUUAGGUGAACCACAAUUUUUAAGUGACCAUUAUAAUGGCUUUAUUAAUGAAGGUGAACAGCGUGGACAAUUUGUACUACAGAUUCAUAGCUUAGAUCAUUUAACUGAAGAUGCACCAUUAGCAUAUAGUAUUGUAAGUGGUAAUAUGGAUGCAGCAUUUGAUAUCGAUGAUAAUGGACGUCUAAUAACAGCUCAAGAAUUAGAUUAUGAAAUUAAAAAUGUUUAUAAUUUGAAAGUAAUUGGAACCGGAAAUGGUAAAAAUACACCGGAAACGGAUAUACAUAUAAGAGUAAUCAAUACAAACGAUAAUGUUCCAUCAUUCCCAAUGCUAAAGCCUCGAAAAGUAUUGGAAUCAGCAACAUAUGGUACAUUGAUAGGAACAGUGAUAGCAACAGAUGUUGACAUUGAUACACAAUUGGAAUAUAGUUUACUAUCAUCUAAUGAUCUUUUUGAAAUUGAUCCAUUUACUGGAAAAAUAUUUCUAAUUGGUAAUUUGGAUUAUGAAAUGAUCAAUGAGCAUACUGUACAUAUUCAGGUAACAGAUGGUGAAAAUACCUCACGUGCUACAUUACGAAUAAUUGUAGAAGAUGUUAAUGAUAAUGCACCAAAAUUCGAGGAACAAUUUUAUCUAAUUAAUAUUGGAAAAGAUAUUGAAUUAGGUUCAAUAAUUGGAAAGAUACGUGCAAAUGAUCCGGAUACAGGACAUGGUGGUAUUGUUCGCUAUGAAUUAGCUAUAAAUAGUAUGAAUGAUUUUAGGAUUGAUCCAGAAACAGGUAAUUUAUUGGUAAUUGGUAAACUAAAUGAUCGAUCAACAUAUUAUUUAAAAGUGUACGCAUUUGAUCAAGGCAAACCAGCACAAAAUUCUACUGUUGUUGUUCAAAUUAAUAUUGGAAUUGAAAAUUACGAUCGUAAACCCAUACGAUUCACUAGAACAUCAUUUAAUUUUUCAAUACCAGAAAAUAUACAACCAUAUAAUGAAUUUGGCCAAAUAACAUUAAUGGAUGAAAUACCAAUUGGUACAAUAUUACGAAUACAAAAUUUUGAACCAAUUAAUCUUUUUGGCAUUACUCAUGAUGGUUCAAUUUUUUGA